CGUCUCAUUGAAGCACAUGGUCCUCACUCAUAAGACAACACUUCUCGCAGUAAUUGCUCUGAAUUGAUGUCAUUCCAGCAGGCGACUGACUGAGACAGCAGCGAGCUUGUGUUGCCUAUUUUAUUAAUGCUUUUCACCGCUCGCUCUUCAUUUAUUUACCUCACUUGGACUUGGACGUGUGUGUGUGUGAAUGGAGGAAAGUGGACGGAGUUGAAUCAGCUGUCCUCCUUGGGAUUUCCUACAAGCACAGCUCUCACCACUCAUAGGGGGAUGCUGCAGUGAGACAGUUGGACUCAGUCCUGUAGCACGCUUCAGCCGGGCAUCAUGAAGCCCAGGAGCCUGAAGAGUCUGAAGUUUGUGAUUUUGACAGCACUUCAGGCUUUAUGUGUCUCCAUCUCGGUGUGUGACAACAGAUCUGCUCAAGAGAAUCUUUUGAGCACGACUGUUCAACACAGACCGACAGCAAAGCAGAAACACUAUGGGACUACAGUACCUCUUCAGCUUGUUGGACAAGACUGGAAACCGAUCAGCCAGCUCAAAUCUCAGAGUCACCCUGCAUCACUGAAGCUCCUGAUUGAAGCGGAAGGUGAGCAGCUGCUCCUGGCUCUGGAGAAAAACGAGGGACUGUUCGCGAGCAACUAUACAGAAACUCAUUACCUGGAAGAUGGCAUUGCGGUCACAGGCUUUCACAACUUCACGGCAAACUGCUACUACCACGGCGAGGUGGAGGGUCACGUCAACUCGGACGUCAGCCUCAGUACCUGUGCUGGUGUCAAGGGUUUCAUAACUCUUGAAGGCAAAUCCUUUGUACUGGAACCAUCUGCUGAUCACUCCGAUGGGACUCACUGGAUCUACGCAGCUGAACACCUCCAUUUUGCUCCUGGCACCUGUGGCCACGAUUUCAACAUAUCCUACCCCAUUGAACAUGCAGACGGCAGUCCGUUCAGGGCGUUUAACACGAGGCAUAAACGCCACGUCCAGACUACGACCAAGUACGUGGAGCUGAUCAUCGUGGCUGACAACAGAGAGUUUCAGAAGCAAGGCAAGGACAUGGAGAAGGUCAAGCAGCGGCUGGCUGAGAUCGCCAAUUACGUGGACAAGUUCUACAGGGCUCUGAAUAUCCGCGUGGCUCUGGUGGGCCUGGAGGUCUGGAGUGAUGUGGACAAGUGCCCCAUCACACAGGAUCCCUUCACCACCUUGCAUGAGUUCCUAGACUGGAGGAAGGUCAAACUGCUGCCCCAGAAGCCUCAUGACAACGCCCAGCUAAUCAGUGGGGUCUAUUUCCAGGGCACCACCAUCGGUAUGGCACCCAUCAUGAGUAUGUGCACGGCAGAGCAGUCAGGAGGAAUCGUCAUGGAUCAUUCGGACAACCCCCUGGGCGCCGCAGUCACUCUGGCCCACGAGCUCGGACACAACUUUGGAAUGAACCAUGACACCCCAGAGAGGGGGUGUGGCUGCAGGGUGACGGCGGACCGCGGAGGCUGCAUCAUGACUCCCUCCACCGGGUAUCCGUUCCCCACGGUGUUCAGCAGCUGCAGCAAAAAGGACCUCACGGCCAGUUUUGAUAAAGGCGUAGGGAUGUGUCUGUUCAACAUGCCUGAGGUCAAGGUGCUCUACGGCGGGCAGAAAUGUGGCAACGGCUACGUGGAGGAGGGAGAGGAGUGCGACUGUGGGGAACUUGAGGAAUGUCUGAAUCCCUGCUGCAAUGCUACCACCUGCACUCUGAAGGGGGAUGCUGUCUGUGCACACGGACAGUGCUGCCAGGACUGUCAGCUGAAGCAAGCAGGCACUCCAUGCCGUGAAUCCAGUAACUCUUGUGAUCUGCCUGAGUUCUGCACCGGCACCAGCCCUCACUGCCCCGCCAACGUCUACCUGCAUGACGGCCACGCCUGCCACAACGUGGACAGCUACUGUUACAACGGCAUCUGCCAGACUCACGAGCAGCAGUGCAUCACACUGUGGGGACCAGGAGCAAAGCCAGCUCCGGGCAUCUGCUUUCAAAGGGUCAACUCAGCAGGAGACCCUUAUGGCAACUGCGGCAAGGAUUCCAAAGGCUCCUUUGCCAAAUGCGAAGCACGAGAUGCUAAAUGUGGCAAAAUCCAGUGUCAAGGAGGAGCUAACCGCCCAGUAAUUGGUACCAACGCUGUUUCCAUAGAGACAAACAUCCCCAUGCAGGAUGGAGGGAGGAUACUGUGCCGAGGAACGCAUGUCUACUUGGGCGAUGACAUGCCCGACCCCGGCCUGGUUCUGACGGGGACCAAGUGUGGAGACGGACUGAUGUGUCUGAACCGUCAGUGCCAGAACGUCAGUGUCUUUGGUGUGCAUGACUGCUCAGCCAAGUGCAGCGGUCGAGGGGUGUGCAACAACAACAAGAACUGUCACUGCGAGGCUCACUGGGCGCCGCCCUUCUGUGACAAGGCAGGUUUGGGAGGGAGUGUGGACAGCGGGCCCAUCAGAUUAUCAAACAGUGUGAAUCUGACAGCGGGCAUCCUGGUGGCUCUCCUCACUGUCCUGGGAGCCGGUCUGAUCAUCUGCAUCAAGAGGAAAACUCUACUGGGCCUGCUCUUCACCAGUAAAAAGAACCCUAUUGAGAAGCUCAGAUCAGUAAGCGCCUCAAUAAGCGGACCAUCCACUCUGAACCAGCCUCCAGCACUGAGCACGAUGUCUCCAUCACGACCGGCCCCGCCUCUACCGCACAGCGCCGCCAUCUUCAAGCCUCCUCACCGGGGGCCAGAGGCAGCGGCGCUCCCACCGGGCCCCUACCCCCACCACGGCCUGCGCAGACUGCCCCAGUGCCCUCCCGUUCACCUCAGCCACCCCGUCCCCCUGUCUCUCACCCUGUCCCUCUCCCCCGGGCUGCCGAGACCCCCGUUGCCUCCACCUCACGUCCACGUCCUACCGAGGGGGGCGUCGUUUCGCAGCGCGUCACGCCAUAACUCCUGCAGGAUGGUCAUGGAGUUGGAGAAGCCCAGUCCUCCUCAGAAACCCCUUCCUGCCGACCCAAGGAGCAACUCUCGUCUGGUUCGAAGUUCCUCUGUAGUCCAGGGGCCCUCUGCUGUUUGUGGCCCUGCACCAAUACCUGGUGUACCCAGACCUUUGCGCCCAAUCCCACACCCCAACAGACCGAGUCCCAAGCAGCCUCCAACACUACCAAAGCCUUGCAUAAUCGCCAACAUCAAAUACAGAAGCUGAGACUUUGGCUGGAAGGGACGAUGUUGUGAUAAGACACUAAAGAAUUUGCACUAUGAAAACUCUGAAAACCUUAGAACAAAAAAAACAAAACACGAAGGCGGCCUCUCUUCUCUGAGUUUUGAAUCAGGAGGUAUGCCGUGUCCCUUUGGUGCUCUGUCCCUGAAUGGUGCUACGAGUCUGAGCUCAGGUACAUGUAAAGUAUUUAUAUUCUGUAUUUAUUGCCACGCAGUGCACUGUGCCAGACACUUUUACUACACGGUAGCGACUUUUUAAUUUGUCGUUUGCGUCAGUUUCUCACUUUUUCUUUUUUCUCAUCAUCAACUGGUCUUUAUCAAGGACGGUGACGGGAGAUUCAAAAAUAGAAAAAGUGAAUUCUGAUUGCACAAAAUGUUUUUAUGAAGUGUGUUUUAAUGAAGGGAACCCUUUACAUGAUGGUUUUGUUCUGUAUAGGAAAAGUUGAAGGAGAGUAUUGUGCAAUGACAGAUGACAACAGACAACACUUGGAGUUCAUUUGGAGCCAACGCCUUCUCAUCCCAACUCGUCACAUACUGACGCUUUGUCAGACCCCUCGGCGUCACUCUAUUCGGUUGCAGUAAACACGUUCUUACCUUUACCGAAAAUAAGUUUAUUAAUUGUGCUAUUAGUAUACUUCUUUUAAACUUAAAAUAAGAGAGUAUGCUUUCAGUUUAAUUUUUAUGUACUUAUCAGAGAUAAACUUAACAAAAUUAUACUUAUAUAUACUUGGC